AUGGCACCUCUAUAUCAGGAGCUGGGCGUCGCCGCGGUGGACAUCAAGAAGCUCAAGGAGGGAGGCAUCAACACCAUCGAGAGCCUGGCGUUUGCGAGCAAGAGGGAGCUGUGUGAGAUCAAGGGCAUGAGCGACGCCAAGGUGGCCAAGAUCAAGGAAAUCGCGCACAAGUAUGUUCCUACCGGCUUCACCACGGCCAACCAGAUCCUGCAGCAGCGUGGGGAGAUCAUCAAGCUCACCACCGGGUCCAAGGCCCUAGACGAGAUCAUGGGCGGCGGGCUGGAGACGGGGUCCAUCACUGAGCUCUACGGCGAGUUCCGCUGCGGCAAAACCCAGCUGUGCCACACCCUUUGCGUCACCUGCCAGCUGCCCGUGGACAUGGGCGGCGGUGAGGGCAAGGCCCUCUAUAUUGACACCGAGGGCACCUUUAGACCCCAGCGACUCGUCCAGAUUGCAGAGAGGUAUGGACUGAAUGCCCAGGAUGUGCUGGACAACGUGGCAUAUGCGCGCGCACACAACACAGAGCAUCAGCAGGCGCUGCUCCUCUCCGCCGCCGCGAUGAUGACGGAGAGCCGGUUCGCGGUGGUCAUCGUCGACAGCGCCACCGCGCUCUUCAGGCACGCGCCUGGGUCGGAGUACAUGGGGCGCGGCGAGCUGGCGGCACGCCAGAACUACCUGGGUCGGUUCCUGCGCUCCCUGCAGCGCCUGGCUGACGAGUUUGGGGUGGGGGUGGUGAUCACCAACCAGGUGGUCCAGGCCAACCUGGAUGGCGGCAGCAUGUUUGCGGGCCCCUCCGUCAAGCCCAUCGGCGGCAACAUCAUGGCACACGCCUCCACGACCCGCAUCCAGCUGAGGAAGGGGCGGGGGGACACGCGCAUCGCCAAGAUCAUGGCCUCGCCGUCCCUGCCGGAGGCGGAUGCCACCUUUGGCAUCGGGCCGGAGGGCGUGACCGAGGCCAAGGACUGA